GGCGUGGGAAAGAGCCCGGAGGAGCCGACCGCGCCGCCGCGGGAGCCGCGCCUGCCGGGGCCCAGGGAGGGAGGGAGGGAGGAGGCAGGCAAGGAGGUCGCUGCGCCGCGCUCGGCGGCCGUGUCUCCGGCCGGGCUGCGUCCCGCGCCGUCUUCGCCGCGAUGAAGCGCCCUUGCGAGGAGACGACCUCCGAGAGCGACAUGGACGAGACUAUCGACGUGGGAAGCGAGAACAAUUACUCCGGGCAAAGUUCUAGCUCUGUGAUUAGAUCGAAUUCUCCUACAACAACAUCUCAGAUUAUGGCAAGAAAGAAAAGGAGAGGGAUCAUAGAGAAAAGACGUCGAGAUCGGAUAAAUAACAGUUUAUCCGAGUUGAGACGACUGGUGCCAACUGCUUUUGAAAAACAAGGAUCUGCAAAGUUAGAAAAAGCCGAAAUAUUACAAAUGACAGUGGAUCAUUUGAAGAUGCUUCAGGCAACCGGGGGUAAAGGCUACUUUGAUGCACAUGCUCUUGCCAUGGACUUCAUGAGCAUUGGGUUCCGAGAGUGCCUAACGGAAGUGGCGCGGUACCUGAGCUCCGUGGAAGGCCUGGACUCCUCCGAUCCACUGCGGGUGCGGCUGGUCUCUCAUCUCAGCACGUGCGCCUCGCAGCGGGAAGCAGCGGCAAUGACGUCCUCUCUGGCUCACCACCACCACCCCCUACACCCGCACCACUGGGCUGCAGCCUUCCACCACCUCCCCGCAGCCCUGCUCCAACCCAACGGACUCCAUGCCUCGGAGUCAACACCUUGUCGCCUCUCCACAACUUCGGAAGUGCCUCCUGCCCAUGGCUCUGCUCUCCUCACGGCCACGUUUGCCCACGCAGAUUCCGCCCUUCGGAUGCCGUCGACGGGCAGUGUCGCCCCGUGCGUGCCACCCCUCUCCACUUCUCUCUUGUCCCUCUCGGCCACUGUCCAUGCGGCCGCUGCGGCAGCCACCGCGGCAGCGCACAGCUUCCCUCUGUCUUUUGCGGGGGCCUUCCCCAUGCUCCCCCCCAACGCAGCUGCUGCGGUGGCAGCCGCCACAGCCAUCAGCCCGCCCUUGUCGGUAUCCGCCGCGUCCAGUCCCCAGCAGACCGGCAGUGGAACAAACAGUAAACCUUACCGACCCUGGGGGACAGAAGUGGGCGCUUUUUAAGUUUCCAUUGAACUUCUUGGCGAUAGUAACUGAAUGUCCUUCAUUUCAGAAUCAGCAUAAAACCUUUGCACCCUGAAGUUAGCCAUACAGAUGUCUACAGAUCCACAAAGGAACAAUAAAGCUAUUUGAGACACAAA